ACUCCAUAAUUUAUGUGGAGAAGGGAGUAAAGGACACAGUUUGACAAAAAAUCAAUGGGUAAUCUCAUCAUCGUCUAUGGUCGUUGAAUUCAAGUGGAUAAGCAGCCAACAAUCCACAAAAUCCUCCGCUCUUUCUUUCUUCCCUGUCUCUCUCACUCUCUCCUCCGCUCCCCUGAACCCCAGGUACUGCAGCUGCAGCAACUCGAAUGUAAAACUUGACAUACCCAAAAAUAUAAAAUGGAUUUUGAAGCUCAACGACGUCGUAUGGCUGUUUUGUGCUCUCAUCUUUGUCCACCAAUCAUCGAUUCGCACAAUACCCAGAUAGUAUCCACUUCGAAUUGCUCGUCUGACUCAACUAGGGAUUUGGUGGAAAAUCCCAAUUUUCAGAAAGAUUGCGUUUUUUGUAAAAUUAUUCAAGGAAAUUCCCCUGCUUUCAAGAUUUAUGAAGAUGAUAUGUGUCUUUGCAUUUUGGAUACAAGUCCUCUCAGUCGUGGGCACUCCCUUCUCAUUCCAAAACAUCAUUUUUGCGCUUUGGAUGCAACUCCUCCAUCUGUGAUAGCUGCCAUGUGUUCAAAAAUACCCUUCAUUAGCAAUGCAAUAAAGAAAGCUACAGGCUGUGAUUCUUUCAACCUUUUGGUCAAUAAUGGUGCAGCUGCUGGCCAAGUCAUUUUCCAUACACACAUUCAUAUAAUUCCCAGGAAGACACAUGAUCGUUUGUGGGCUUCAGAGAGCCUGAGGCGAUUAUCUCUGAAAUUGGAUCAGGAGGCACCUCAUCUCGCAGAAAGCAUUCGGGAACAUCUUUUGCUCGAAAUUAAUGAAGAAGAAUGUAAGGAUCAAGGACCAGCUUUGGCUGGGAAUUGUAGAGAUUAAUCCUUUUUUUUUGGCAACAGAGAUUAAUCCUUUGAAAUGUAAUGUAAUCUUUGUACACUGAUGAAUGCUUAAUUAUUUUUAACUCGGUCUCUCGAUUCUCAAAAGCUUGUAGAAAUAUGCAAUAUUGUAAAAAAGAAAAGAAAAUUUUUAGACAAAUCACUUUGAUGAUUAUAGAUUUAUAGCACAUUUAUAGAGAUUAUUACUUAUUUACUUGAA